AAUCGUUUUACUGAUAACAACACAGAACAGCCGAAACAGUUGUACACAAAGCCAGUGAGCAAUCCCAUACCAUACAACACACAAUGAGAAUUAAGUCAACGUGCGACAGGGAGAGAAAGAGAGAGCGAGAGAACGCAUACAAGAGAGAGUGCAAAAGCGAGAUAGAGUGAGGAAGAGAGGGUAGUGGCAAUUAUCUCAUAAUAAUAUGAUCGUCAGACUUCAGACCACAUUCUCCUCUCCCAAACCGAACUCCCCAACCGAUCCGCUCCCGAUAUCGAUAUAUCAUUGUAGUCAGUUGUUGGCGGUUCACAGUACGGAUCGCGACCCCCACAGCCACUUGACGUGUUAUUUUGUUGUUGUUUUGUGUUCGCAAAGAAUAAUUAAAAGCACGAUAAUACCUAUGUAUAUACUUUGUUUAGUAUACCUAGGUGAAAAUUGUAAUAAAAAAGCGAUUCAAUAGAAUGCAAUAGUACAACGGCGUAUACGUAAUUUUUGGUCGUUUAUACAAGUACCGUAUACUUGAUAUGGAGUGGACGUGGUUCAAAGACUGGUGGCGCUUAAAGAAGUUACGUUCGCGUCAUCAGCGUCAUAAAAAGAAGUUAGAAGCGGCAGCUGCUGCCACCAUUCUAUUAGAAAAUGUCAACAGUGUCGAACAAAUUGGUGCAGAAAAAGAUCCAGAAACGAGUGCUGGCCGUAGGCAUGGCAGAGCCCGGGAUCGUUUGCGUCAAACUCGUAAUCGGAAUCGUCAACUGCAGCGUCAGCGGCGCAGUCAAAGUGCAGGUGUGGAAGCCCUAAGGGGGGAAACUAACCAAAAACCUAACGUAAUUGAUGAUGAAGAUGACGGUGAAUAUGGGCCCUUCAAUGUCAGCGACUAUGAGGAUUACAAUCAUGCCAGUGAUGAUGAUAGUAAUGAUUUUUGUUUCUGUGAUGAAUGCCUGAAUGGCGACACGGACUUUGGUGACAGCAAUGACGGCAUGGACUCGGAUACGAGCACCUCAUCUAGCAAUAGCAAACAGGUGGUGGUUGGCAUCUGUGCCAUGGCCAAGAAAACGCAAUCGAAACCAAUGAAGGAGAUUCUAACACGUUUGGGUGAAUUCGAGUUCAUUAAAUUGGUAACAUUCGAGGAGAAUGUAAUAUUGCGUGAAUCGGUACAAAAUUGGCCAACCUGUGAUUGCCUUGUCUCAUUUCACUCGAAGGGCUUUCCCCUCGAGAAGGCGAUUGAAUAUGCUCAGCUAAGGAAUCCAUUUGUGUUAAACAAUUUGCAUAUGCAAUAUGAUAUACAGGAUAGACGUCGUGUCUAUGCCAUAUUGGAGAAGGAGGGCAUUGAGAUACCAAGAUAUGCUGUAUUAGAUCGUGAUUCUCCCGAUCCAAAACAUCAUGAACUAAUCGAAUCCGAGGAUCAUGUGGAAGUUAAUGGUAUUACGUUUAAUAAACCAUUUGUGGAGAAACCAGUAUCGGCCGAGGAUCAUAAUAUAUAUAUCUAUUAUCCAACAUCGGCGGGCGGUGGUAGUCAGCGGCUAUUUCGUAAAAUUGGCAGUAGAAGCAGUGUUUAUUCGCCAGAGUCGCGGGUACGCAAAACGGGCUCCUUCAUUUACGAGGACUUUAUGCCCACAGAUGUAUAUUUUUCAGGCACCGAUGUCAAGGUCUAUACGGUGGGGCCCGACUAUGCCCAUGCUGAGGCUCGCAAGAGUCCCGCUUUGGAUGGCAAAGUGGAGCGCGAUAGCGAGGGCAAAGAGAUACGCUAUCCGGUCAUACUCAAUCAUUCGGAGAAGCUCAUAUCGCGCAAGGUGUGUCUGGCCUUUAAGCAAACCGUUUGCGGUUUCGAUCUCUUGAGGGCCAAUGGCAAGAGUUAUGUGUGCGAUGUGAAUGGUUUUAGUUUUGUGAAGAACUCGAACAAAUACUACGAUGAUUGCGCCAAAAUAUUGGGCAAUAUGAUAUUGCGCGAAUUGACACCCACAUUGCAUAUACCAUGGUCGGUGCCCUUCCAGCUAGAUGAUCCACCCAUAGUGCCCACAACAUUUGGCAAAAUGAUGGAAUUACGUUGCGUGGUCGCUGUCAUACGUCACGGUGAUCGUACACCAAAGCAAAAGAUGAAGGUGGAGGUUAGGCAUCCCAAAUUCUUUGAGAUAUUUGCCAAAUACGAUGGCUAUAAACUGGGUCACGUCAAACUGAAGCGACCCAAACAAUUGCAAGAGAUUUUGGAUAUUGCCCGAUUCUUGUUAACCGAAAUUCAUACCAAAUCCCAUGCUGAAAUUGAGGAGAAGGAAAGCAAAUUGGAGCAGCUAAAAAAUGUACUCGAAAUGUAUGGCCAUUUUUCGGGUAUUAAUCGUAAAGUGCAAAUGAAAUAUCAACCAAAAGGACGACCACGUGGCUCCAGUUCAGAUGAUACUAAUCUUGCAGCGGAUUCACCGGCAGAGCCGUCCCUGGUGCUUAUAUUAAAAUGGGGCGGUGAACUGACACCUGCGGGUCGCAUACAAGCCGAAGAGUUGGGCCGUAUAUUCCGUUGCAUGUAUCCGGGUGGACAAGGACGUUCAGAUUACUCAGGUACCCAGGGAUUGGGUCUACUACGAUUACAUUCAACCUUCCGUCAUGAUCUAAAGAUCUAUGCCUCGGAUGAGGGUCGUGUCCAAAUGACAGCUGCUGCUUUUGCCAAGGGUCUUUUGGCCUUAGAGGGAGAGUUGACGCCCAUUUUGGUGCAGAUGGUUAAGAGUGCCAAUACGAAUGGUUUGCUGGAUAACGAUUGUGAUUCCAGCAAGUAUCAGAAUCUCGCCAAAGGCCGACUUCAUGAACUAAUGCAAAACGAUCGCGAGUUUACCAAGGAGGAUCGCGAAAUGAUUAAUCCCUGCAAUAGUAAAUCAAUUACUCAGGCUCUUGAUUUUGUUAAGAAUCCCGUCGAUUGUUGUCAUCAUGUGCAUACGCUAAUACGGGAACUGCUACACAUUAUUAGCAUUAAAAAAGACGAUCCAAAGACAAAAGAUGCCAUACUCUAUCAUGGCGAGACCUGGGAUCUGAUGCGUUGUCGUUGGGAGAAAAUCGAAAAGGAUUUCAGUACCAAGUCCAAGUUAUUUGAUAUAUCAAAAAUUCCUGAUAUCUAUGACUGCAUUAAAUAUGAUUUGCAGCAUAAUCAACAUACAUUGCAAUAUGAUCAGGCCGAAGAAUUGUAUAUAUACGCCAAGAAUUUGGCUGAUAUUGUUAUACCGCAAGAGUAUGGCUUGACGCCGCAGGAGAAACUGGCCAUUGGCCAGGGCAUCUGUUCGCCACUGUUGCGCAAAAUUAAGGGUGAUCUGCAGCGUAAUAUCGAUGAGAUCGAAGAUGAGUUUAUGAAUCGCUUGAAUCCUCAUUAUAGCCACGGAGUGGCUAGUCCUCAGCGUCAUGUGCGUACACGUUUGUAUUUCACCAGCGAAUCGCAUGUCCAUUCUCUGUUAACUGUCCUACGAUAUGGCGGCCUGCUCAAUGUGGUGACCGAUGAGCAAUGGCGUCGGGCCAUGGACUAUAUCUCAAUGGUGUCCGAGUUAAAUUAUAUGUCACAGAUUGUAAUUAUGCUGUACGAGGAUCCCACCAAGGAUCCCACAUCCGAGGAACGUUUCCAUGUCGAACUGCACUUUAGUCCAGGCGUCAAUUGUUGUGUGCAAAAGAAUCUGCCACCGGGUCCCGGUUUUCGACCGCAUUCGCAUGGUGAUAAUGCGUGCAAUGUUAGUAUGCAAUCGGAUGAAACGAAUCCUUCACGCAUUGAGGAGGAAAAUGAUUGCAAUUCAGGUGAAGAGCAUCAGGGCAGAAAGCGGGGGCUUACUGGCCAGGCCAAUCGUAACCAGCCUGGGAAUAGCGGUGGUGCAUUUGGGUUCAAUCGUCUGGAAUUACGUUCCAAGCACUACAAAUCGAAACCCAUUCCCAUUGGUGCCCAUCACACAGUUAGCGGACACGAGGCUAUGGAUCUGGCUAAACGCUUAAAUGAGGAAUUGGCUUCCCAGCAGCAUCAAAUGUCCCAACAGCAGCAGCAACACUCACAGCUAAGACCGAUUAGCCCUGAUAUGCGUGCCGUUAGUCCGGAUUGUGAGCCACGUUCCCGUAGUUUUGAGCAGCGCCCCACAUCGGGCCAUUGCGGCAAGGAGGCGGAUAGCAACAUUUCGGUCUCGGUAUCGGCAUCGGCCUCGGCCUCCGCAUCGGUAUCAUCCGCUAAUUCUUCGUCCACAUCGUCGUCGCGUCGCCAAAGACACAGUAUUGCCGGCCAGAUGUCCUAUAUGAAAAUGUUGGGUUUCGGUGGUUUUAGCAAAAAGAUGGCAACCAGUGCUAAUAGCCUUUUCAGUACGGCAGUAAUAAGCGGCAGCUCAUCAGCGCCAAAUCUACGCGAUAUGAUACCGGUAUCAUCGUCCGGUUUUGGCGAUGUGCCACCAAUACGACCAUUGGAAACCUUACACAAUGCAUUGUCAUUGCGUAAAUUGGAUAGCUUCCUGCAGGAUAUGAUACUAGCUCAAAUAUUUAAGACACCAACUGGAUCGCCGCCGAGGAUUUUACAUGAUCCCCAGGGUCCCAUAAUGGAGGUGUCAUCAAUGACAUUGAAUGCUCAAUCGGUCAGUGAGUCAACGACCACACCAGCGGGAACAACAACACCAACAACAACAGAAGCAGCAGCAGCAGCAUCAAUACUAUUAAGGGAUACACCCAAUGCUACCACCACCUUUAGUCGAGGUGGCAGCGAAGCCAGUUCGGUGGUUGGUGAGCCAGCAGGUCCGUCCGGUGGGCGGCAAUCCGAUGGGACGGAAGGCUUGGAUACAGCCAGCAGCACGACAAUGAGACGUACUUUGGCAGCCAAGAAGCAGCAGCUUUGGCAACAACAGCCACAGGAUAGUCUGCAGGCGGCUCAAGAGGAAGAUGACCUAUGCCAUCAGGAGCAGCAGCAGAAGAAGCAGGAAAUGGGAAAAGUGAUAACCGGGAUGCAGAUUACCCUGGCAGAAAUAGAAACGGAUGAAACAAAUUUCGAGCCCAUGAAUAAGGAUACUCUACAUAGUGAGGAGGCUGGAGAAGCAGCCGGCUUAUACUUGCUUAGCGUAGGUCAAGAUCUCAACCAGGGUCAGGGUCAAAGCAGUGGUAGCACUUGCCUAACACCGGUUAGCCAGGGCGUGGACUUGGAUCUAAGUAUGGUGGCCAAUAAGGGAUCGAUGACACUGUCCAUGGAUGGUUUCGACGAUGAAGAGGAAGCCACAUUAUCAGCAGCAACAACACCCUCAUUGCCAGCCGAUAGUGAUGGACCCAAACUGGAGCUAUGCUAUUGUUGUCCCACCCAUGCCCAUGAGAAGGCACCACCCGAUGUAGCCAGCGAUGAUCCGAAAUUUGGAUUCACUUUGCCUGUAAGUAUUAUCCAGGCUUCACCCGAGCACAGGCACGAGGCACCACGACCCGUUCGACGUAUCCAUGAUCCGGUUUCGCCACGCAUGCAACAGCAGAUUAGUCUGUUUGAAGAUAAUGCAGCAGCAGCAGGUGCCGGGACAAAUGCCGCUUUGCAUGCUUCGAUAAAUUUGCCAGCUGCUGCCGGUGGGCAGCAAUUGCGUCAGGAUGCUCGUCUACGUAAAUUUGAAAAUCUCACACAAUCCACUUCGAAUUCGAAUUUCCCGUUCGAGAGCAAUACACUGAAACGGGCACCGUUGGAGGCCAAUGAAGAUGUCUCCCAUACGCAAAGCUGUAUCAAUUUGAAAUCUUCUAGUGGUGCACUUGGCUCUAGUUCACCACAACGGCACGCCGAUAGGGUGAGAGAGAAGGAAAAGGAGAGUAGAAAGAAGCAGUCUGUUGGCCGCUUUCCGAAUGCUUUAUCCGCUUGCUCUUCCCUGGAGACACAACCACAUCCUGGCGCUUUGAUAGUCAAGGAACGUUUCAUAGAGCCACCCAAGCGGGGUGUUGUUCGUGGUUAUCAUGGCAAAACUCAAUCCAUGGAUGCGGAUUUUCUCUUCAAUGAAUUUCUACUAUUACCGGCAAUGGCGCCGGCCCGUUUGUCCAUAGAUCGGGAUGAUUCUAGCGAUGCAAAUGCCGAUAUGAUUGAAUAUGAUGCUGCUGCUGAGAAUGAUAAUGAUGAUCAUCCUGAUGAUGCUAAUUAACCAAAUUAGAAUCUCAAUCUCCUCCUCUCCUACUAUUUUUCCCUUUUUCUCUUAAAUACCUUUGGCUAAGCUCUUAAAGUUCUUUAAAUUCUAAUCAAUCAAAUCAUAUUCAGGGUUUGCAAACGAAGAAAGUUAUAGAUAUGGAUUACGCAAACGAACGAUCAGGGUGAUCUACGGAUCAAAAUAUAUGUACAAGUAAAAAUUUCGGCAUGAUUAUCUCAAAGCUUUAAAUUAGCAAAAAUAAUGCAAAAGUUUUUACAAAUUGCCGUCAGGUCGAUCGGAAUAAUCCAAAAUGAAAUAAUUAUAUAUCAAUCAAUCUGUUGCGUUAAAGGUUAACCGAUGUGACCGUUAAUCGGUUGUGAACAAUAUAUUUCCCAAUUUUCAUAGACAGUGAAAUUUUUUGCUUUGUAAAUAACGGUAGAAAAUGAAUAUCAAUUGCGUAACGCUUUGCAUACCCUGUAAAUCUAAUCUAAAUCUUGUUGAUGUUGUUGGGCCAAGCAAAUA